AUGCCCCUGUGCACAUCGCAGUGCAUCCAAGCACAACAGGAAGUCAAUAGGCCCCCACCUCCUCCAGCUUCACCUACUGUCCAGUGCAUCUCUACUUGCAUGCCCCAGUGCGCUCCACAAUGCAUCCAACAAGAACUGAUACUCACUGCACCUGCCACAGUUCGAACUCCACCUCCAGCUCGGUGUGUGGCAGUGUGUAUGCCACUUUGUAGUCAACAGUGCAUACAGCAGGCACAGAUUGUCACCCCUGCUCCAGCUCCAACCCCUGAUCGAUGUGUACCUGUGUGUAUGCCACUGUGCACACCGCAGUGCAUUCAAAGUCAGAACAUCAACACGCAGGCUCCUCCACCCACACAAAUUGCCUGUAGUCCAGCAUGUCAGCCUUCGUGCGAUCCACAGUGUAUGGAAACAAUAACUCCUGAUAUAUCUUUGCAACGGCCAGACACCUUUCAAGCACAAAAUACCCAGCCAAAUCAUAUCCUAUCGAUUGGAUCUACGGAAUGUGUACCGCCAGUGUCGACCGGCAUGUGA